AUGCCGGAUAAGAAUAAAAGUAAUUCUAGCCUUCAGUCAAUUGAUUCACUGAAAGAUACGACCAGUGAUAUAAAUUCCGGUCACAACAGUGCCAAUAGUGGUUACUCUACUUCUUCUUCCUCUUUGAUCACAACCACAUCGAGUUCGGAAGUGUUGGAACAACUGAUUCACUUCUUGGAAGAGAAGAAUUACUGA